AUGCUUAGUAGCUCAGACUGCUUAAAAAAGCUAUCUUUUCCGAGUAGAUUUGUUCGCCAUAUUAGAGGGCAUAAAAUGUUGUAUAUUUGGUGUGCGUUGAUCGCGGCUUAUGCAGCGAUGAUCUUGUAUCUCCGACUUCCCAUGGUUGUUUUCCCUGCAUUUCUGUUCAUAACCUUUCUGGCGUCUGGUGGGCGUAACUUCCCUAAAGUUUUCUUUCGAACGAUUCUGCGUGAUGUGAGGUACGUUUUUCUCUGAUUUUUAUCUAACAGACCAUCGAAGGUUAACAUAAUCGUUUAAUUUAUGAUUGUAAUUUGUUAAAUAAACAUGUACAUUACUGAUCAACAAGCAUCGAUCAGGUACUCUACCGGUGUGCGACAAACGCAGACUGCAGACUUGCACAGAUAAACUAGGUAAAUGUUGUUGUGAAAUGCUUCAACAGAUUCCCCGUCCCUAAACACUUAAAGGUUAGGGACAGGGAAUGUGUUAGCUCAUUUCACAACAAUGUUUACCUUACUUACCUGCAAGUCUGCAGUCUGCGUUUGUCGAACACGGUCUCAGACAAAAGUGUAGUGAGGACACUUCCACCAAAAGCUGUUUUGUCUUUUCCUUUCUGGCCCGUCUCCAUGUCCUCCCAAUGUUGCUUAUUGCACUAAACUUACCAAAUCUUGCACACCAACAUUGGGAGAGUAAGAAGACAGUAAAGUGUCCCAACAAUUUUGACUGAGACUGUACUUUAUCUGGUCUGUAAAUGCUGUUAGAUAAACGAAAUGGUUCAUGCUUUUAGCUGUGUGUAUAUCGAAAUAUGGAUGUACUUGCAGACUAUCCAACCUUUUGAGUUUGUAAAAUUGGGAUUUUAGAUAAUUGAGGAAUCAUGCCAGCGCUGAAGGGGUGAGCUGCUAGGGCAAGCCCUAGGAUUUCACAGUAACAAUCGUUUCCGGUACCGUGUUGUUACCCUGAUCUUAAACUAAUGGAACCGAAAAAUAGUUUCCCAGUGACAUGUCCUGAUAUAUUCAGACUGAGGGAUCAAAAUAUGCCAUGGUCAUGUAUACUAGGAUGUUGUUUCCGUAGUUAGUAAAAUGUUAAAUAAACAACUGGUCAAUAAAUUUAGUUUUUUCCCAACCACAUGCAUCAACCACUCCUUGACCAAGGACCAAAGCUGUGUUUACAAGGUUCUUCAUCAAUUGGCAAUCAAUUUCAGAGAAGUACAGUAAUGAUUUUCACUUAUGGUAUAUAACCAAUGUCACAUUUUAUUAACAUUGUUUGGUUUCAUUGCAGGGGUAUUUUUCUUUAUUCAAAGGUGAUUUAUUACACCCGCCGUUAUAAAAGAGAAAAGAAAACAGUUCCUGAUAUAUUUCAACUAACAGUCUCCAAAUAUCCUCAAAAAGCUGCCAUAAUAUUUGAGCAGAAAACUUGGACAUUUCAAGAGGUUGAAGACUAUUCCAACAGGAUAGCCAAUUAUUUCAAGGCACUGGGUUACCAGAAAGGAGAUUGCGUGGCUGUUAUAUUAGAAUCCAGCCCUGAGUUUGUCUGUGCAUGGCUGGGACUGUCUAAACUUGGUGUUGUUACUGCUCAAAUCAACACCAAUUUGCGGCUUGAUUCACUUUGGCAUUGUAUAUCUGUUGCCAAUGUAAAAGCAAUAAUUUUUGGAUCUAAUUUCUCAGGUAAAAAAAUCUUGGCCAAAAUUACCACUAUUCAGUUUAGCCUGCAACCUAGCCCUCCAUUUGACUAUCCUAAGGGGUGAAAGGUUACGCACAAGCUACACUAUACAGGCAAAGCAAGACAGGAGGGCGUAACACUGGUGAAGUCUCACUCCUUUCCCAGCCAAUUACUUUUCACAGCUUGGCCAUGUGUGACCUUCUAUGCUCACAAUUUCCCCACGGCUUGCUUGCUCGCAGUCUGUUUCCAAUUGUUUGGUAUUUGUACACAGUGAAAUAAAAUACAGUCUGUAAAGUGCCACUUAUAAGCCCUGGGCUUCUUAGUUCUACAUCUUCAUAAGGGGUUUUAGAAGGACUUAAUUAUAAAAAGAGGGGCUUAUUUUGAUGGGGGCUUAUGACCUUAAUAGAAAAGCACUUCAAAACAAGCUAUAUAUAGCAGUACUGAUAAAAAUUAUACAUUUUACAUUUACUAGUUUUUAAUUGUUAAGCUUCAAAAUGCCAAAGUAAAAAGUAACUUAACAUUGCAUGCACUUUUAUUUUUUCUAUUGCAGGUGCUAUUAAGGAAAUCCAGACCAGAAUUCCAAGCAUGGUACAGCUGUAUUCUUUAGGAGAUUCCCCAACAUUGCCUUCAGCAACAAAUUUAGAGAAAGAGCUUGAAAAUUGUUCAUCAGUAGCACCCAAUGUCACUCACUCUAAAUCUAUUGCAGGUAAGUAAAGAAGGCAAAAACCAAGCAGUUUGUAGGAAACUGCAUGUAUGUGUUCAAUUUUAUCCUUGGUUUAAAUUUUAUUUUCUUUUGUUUUUGGGUAUGGUGAUGUAUGAUAUUGACAUCAUAAUGAGUUUAAAACAAAAGAAAAUAACAGGUAUUUGUAGGAUUCAUUUCAGGUUAGAACCUGAUUGUUAGAAGCAAAUAGAAAAAAAAAAUAGGUAGAACCUGCAUCACCUGACCAGAGUUCCCAGCUGAAACCAUCGCAGCAAAUAGAAAACAAAAAUUCAAGGGGCAUUUAUUUCAAAAAUUUCCUUAAAUAGAAUGGAAUCUUGAAUUCUUGAAAAAGUCUUGAAAAGCAGACCUGGAAAAAGUCUGGGGGAUCCAAGUAAGAAGGGUAAAGUAAAGUUUCUAGUGUCUCUCCUAUUUUGCUGAGAUAGAAUCGUAAAUAGACCGCAAGCAGUCAUCCUUCUUUCCUCAGAGCCACCUGCAGCGAGAGAAAAAAGUAAAAUUAUGCAAAUCUAUGGUAAAAAGGAGGCGAGAUUGGGGUGGAGAGAGGAAAAAGGACACCCGCAGAGGUUUUAUUGUAUUUUGAAUUACCAUAAGUGAAACAGAAAUGUGCAAUUGGUCGGCUACUUGUCACUCUGUCAACACCAAAAAAUCUCAGUCUCAGGGAGUUACUGCAGCUCCAACUUUUGUAGAACGUGGUGACCAGACAAGAACUGCAGUCACUGUACUCCAGUUUCCAAAUGGAAACGGAGGUCUGUUAAUGGAUUAACUAGCCCUUGCUUUUGUGGAACCUGAAAUAUAUUCUCGAUCAAAAUAUAUCCUAUUUUCGCACUACUGAAAUUUCUGUGCGUGACCGCGAAAGGUCCAUGGCAAAUUCUAAAUUGGUCUAUAAUACUGUAUUGCCAGGGGUACUUUGAGGAAUACGAUACUAUCAUUGCAGUACCUCACAGGACUUGUAGCACGAUACACAUGUAUUCCCAAACCAUCAUUACUUGCCAGAUAUUAAGUAAUUAACAUCAAAAGAAACAUUUUUGGAAAAUUUUCAUGGUAUAAUUCUUGUCUACAGCUUAUUUUAGAAAUUACCCAGAAUCCUUUUGGGCGUGGCAUCUGACUUUUGGCUUGCUUAGCAUGACUAUUAUCUCUAAAAUACAACAAAUUUACGAAGUGCUUUUUGUCUGCCUCUUUCUUUUCUUGAUCUUUUAUUCCCUCUACAUUUAUUUGAAAGGCUUUUCUUCUCGGUAUUCAUCUCUGUAUUUGUGUAACAAUCGUGACGUCCACUCUAUUUUUACCUCACGUUUUCCCGCUUUUUGCCCCUGAUUUGUUAUAAAAACACCCCCCAGAUACUAAGGAGAGGUUACACAGGACUCCUUCGAUGUUUCUUGUGGAUUUCGGCUGGAAAAUGGCUUGAAUUCAAGUUUCAUUUGGGAAGUUUUCUGCUGCGAGUGUGGUGGUAAUUCGAUCGUAACGCUUAGACAAACAUGGCAUUCAACUGGAAAUAUGUUUCCGAUUCACCAUUUGUAGAAUUUCUUCGUUUUAAGCCUAUUGAAGACUAAAAACAUUACCAGGAUUUGAAGACCAGUAACUGAACUGUGUUGCAGCUGUGUAUCGGCGACCGUUGUUAACUAGAGGCUGAGAUACAGGUUUUCUUUUGGGUAAGUAAUAUUUAAUUUCACACAUCAAAAGUACACAACAGUUUAGUUUCCGAACACGAAAAUUCUUUAUUUCUUCAUCGCCGUGAGUAAUCUUUAAAAACCUUUCUUACUUGAUGGUAAACAAUGUUAUGAACUUUACUCAGACGAAUUAUCUUCUUUUGUAGGUGCGUUUGGAAGUCGCUAGCCUUAUAUUUGUAAGGCAUGGAGCGCUGUUGGACCUCGAGCGUUACACAGGCAUUUAAUGGCAACCGUCCCUAGAAUUAUAAUUCUCGUUAUUUCAAAAAUAAAUGAAGAGAACUGUAAUUUUGCGUAUGGUGUCGUUUUUUCCUAUUUAAUAUUUCUGCUGUGUUGAAUUUUCUUGAUGAGAUAGUGUUAAGGGUGAAAUUUUACUUUUUUAACUAUUUCAUGCGAAUUAGCUGUUACGCGUUACACGCUGAUUUUGUAACUAUUUUCUUUCAUCUUCAAGAUUUUUUGAUUCCUAGGUUCCUCCAAAUGAUAUUUUUUUAACAUAUCACUUAACUACAAUCCUUGUUGAAGUAAGGUAUAAAGUUUGAACGAAAUCCGUCAUUAGCUUGCAAAGAUAUAGGAAAAUAUAUUGGAGCAACCACUAAUGUACAUGUGUAUCGUGCUACAAGUCACAGAUAAGAAGAGAACUAAUGUUCCUAAUCAAACAGCAGUGAACAGACUAGCUGUUUGUUUACAGGAAAAAGCACAUGAAAUGGUGUCACUUGUCAGAAGGAGACAACUGUCAAUUAAGGAGGCGUGAAAUGCAGUAAAUCGCCACAUCAAAGAUCCCAUCACAGUCUCUUACUUUUUCUUUGCUCAGGCUUCCGCCCUCAUUCCUUGCAGCUUCGCCACUCACCCCCCAUGCAUGCUCUUAAUCUACUGUGACUCAACGGAAAAGUAAGAGACAGCUGGCGGUCUAAAUCGUAAAUGUCUGGAUGGUGUAAAUUACCAAGUUGUACCGAGUUUUUUUCUAUUAUCCUCAAAUAAGCAAGGGCAGCAUUUAUAGGUAAUUUUGCUUAAGUCUGCGGCGUUUUGUCCAGGGCUGUAUUUAAUUGAAUAAAUACAGUAUGCCAUGGUGCUUUUAUUAGUUUUGUUCAUCGUGGUCUCAAGGUGCCCACAAAAUAGGAGUUAACUGUCAGUAGGACAGUCAUUGGUCAUCUCUCUUAACUGCAUUUGUCCUCUGUGGGUCUUCUAACUCCUGUACAUUCUCUUAUUCUUUUUAGAUAAGUUACUGUAUAUUUAUACAUCAGGGACUACAGGAUUGCCGAAAGCUGCAGUCAUAACAAAUGCUAGGUAUGUACAGACUGCCUGGGUAGCAAGCGUUUCCUUGCAAUUUCAUUGAGAAAGUUGGGACGAGAGCAAAGAAGAGGAGUGAAUGGGGAGGGGUGGGAAUUUUCGUCUUCUCCCCUCCCCUUCCCCUUCAAUGUUAAUUCUAUUUGGUUAGAGGCCCAGUCUCAUCUACCCAGUCAGUCUCAUCUACCCUCAUCUACCCCGUCUCAUUUACAAUUUCAUCAUCUGCUACAUCAACAACUCCCUUCCUACACGUAAGAAUAUGGCAAGAUGGGAAUUAUCACAAAGUCCUGAUUGCUCCUUUUGCCUUAAUCCUGAAUCACUCCUUCAUAUUGUUGCUGGCUGAUCGCUUCACCUAGAGACACAACUCAAUCCUUCACUUCCUUGCCAAGUCACUUCAACCUGUAAAUUAAUGCUUACUCUUCACUAUAUGCCAAUGUUAAUGGUUUUCUGAAUCCUUCAGUAAUAACCGGUGAAAAUUAUCAUCGAGAUCUUCUUUUCCUAAUUCUGCCCAAGUGCCUAUAUGUUCUAGAAUAAACAGUUGGUUUCGCGACUAACCUUAAUAAGAAUGUAGUGCGCAAAAAGGAAAAAUACCAGAUCUUGAUCAAAGAAAUGAGCAGAAAUUACCGAUGUGUGAAAUCUGUAAACCUCUCCAUGAGCUCCCUUGGCGUUUUCUAUGACGAAUGUUCCACUUUCUUAAACAUUGGCAUUGACAAAAAGCAGCAACAUUAUAUAAUAGAAAAAAUGAUAAAUAUAGCCAUUAGAGCAACAUAUUACAUCUUUUGUUGUAGAAAUAGGAAUUGGGAUAGCCUGGACUUAAUGAAAUUUGGAGUUUUGAAUAAUUCAAUCUCAAGCAGCCAGUUGUAAAUCGCCUAUACGAAGCGAGAUUUACAAAUGUACAUUCAAAAAGACAAAGUUUCCAUUAUUUAGAAAGCCACUGGUAUUAACUCAUAAGGAAUAUACUGCUUUCAGCAGGAAACCAAGUUAUGUUAAUGCCCCGCCACCCUUUUUUUUUAGGAACAUUACAUGUAACUCCAUGUAGUCCUUUAUUGCCUAUUUUUUAUCUUUUAGAUACUUCAGGAUGGCAUAUGGGAUAACAUGCGCACUCUGCGUAAGUACAGAAGACAUUGUUUACUCCUCCCUGCCCCUGUAUCACUCUUCUGCUGGCGUCCUCGGUGUUGGGCAGUGUCUCAUUAAUGGUUGCACAUUGGUUCUGCGACGCAAAUUUUCUGCCAGUCAAUUUUGGGAUGAUUGUGUAAAAUCAAAGGCUACAGUAAGUGCUGCCAUUUUUCUUUUAUUUUUGUGUUUGAUUUGGUCGGGGCAAUGUAGACAUGUUUUGCAUGGGCAAAACUCAUACUCCAGUCAGUACAGUUGCAACUCUUACCCUUUUGCUGUUAUAAUCACGUAUGAGGAUGUUGUGGCUUAAUUUCAUCCUAAGCUCAAUUAGUCCUUAUUUUUUAUGUGUGUGUGUGUGUGUGUGGGUGAGUGUGUGUUUGUGUUUGACGUUGAGUGAAAAAGGGUAAAUGAAGUUGAAGCACAGGGAUAUUGAAACUAUGGACAAACUUAUGUUAAUGAUUUGACCAUUUAAAUGAACCUGUACCUCUGCGGUUCUUUUGCGUUGUUUGAGUUAUUCAUGCUUCAUGAUUUUACUUUGAGAGCUCUAAGUGCUUAGCAAAAGAGCUAAUACUAAUUUUUCAUGUUCUGAAACUGUUCUUGCACGUCAACACGUUAUUUGACGAUGGAAACGUUUAUGAAGGGGUCGGAAGAUUCAUGGAGUCAAACACCUUCCUAAAGGCAAUACCUUCACUGUUUUUUUUUCUUGUGCGUUAGAUCGUUCAGUACAUUGGUGAGGUUUGCCGCUACCUUUUGGCUCAACCUUAUCGUCCUGCUGAGAAACAGCAUUCGGUGCGCUUGGCCUUUGGCAACGGUCUCCGGCCUCAGAUUUGGGAAGAGUUCCAGUCCCGCUUUGGCAUCAAACAAAUUGGGGAAUUUUAUGGCUCAACUGAAGGAACUGCCUCCAUCGUCAACAUAGAUAGCAAGGCUGGUGCUUGUGGUUUUGUUUCAGAGAUUGCGCCCGCUAUCUAUCCUGUGACUAUUAUCAAAGUUGAUCCUGACACGGGGGAAAUAGUGCGUGGAGCAGAUGGACUGGCUGUGAGAACCAAGCCUGGGGACGUUGGACAGAUUGUUGGGAAGAGCUCAGCAGGUAUUUUGUUUUACUUUAUUCGUGCUGAUUUUUGCGAGGCUUAUAAUAAUGUUGUGAAAUUUAAGUCCCAAAAAGUUGUUGUGAUUUUCGUUUUGUUAUUGUUCUGUUAAGUGUUGACUUAGACUCUUUUUAUCCUCAUUAUGUUUCUUUCAUUACGACUUUUCUGACAAAUCGCGAAAUUCAAGUUUCGCAAAAUGUACCUCUCCCAUUUUCAAAAAUUAUGUGACCGGGAAUAUUAGCACAAAUUAAUAUUUUAUUCUGUAAUAAACACCAAUUUGGCCUACUUAUUACUAAGCUUGAAGCUGCCUUGACUUAAGUCACAGGUGUCCCAACUGAUCCUUUUCUUUGAGUCACAUGUGACCCAACUGACCCCUUUUUUUAUGUCACAGGUGACCCUUCUAAUCGUUUCGAAGGCUACCUGAACCCCGUGGAGACGUCCAAGAAAGUCGCCCACGAUAUAUUCCGUAAGGGUGACACGGCCUUCCUUUCUGGAGACUUGGUAGUGAGGGAUGAGUUGGGCUACAUCUAUUUUCGCGAUCGAACCGGAGACUCGUUUCGUUGGCGCGGUGAGAACGUGUCCACAGCUGAAGUCGAGGCGAUAAUGAGCAAAGUACUUGGUCUUUGUGAUGUUGUUGUUUACGGUGUCUUGGUACCCGGCUGUGAGGGGCGUGCGGGUAUGGCGGCCAUUGUCGACCCAGACAACAAAGUUAAUCUUGAAGGUUUGGCUACCAGUCUGAAGAAAUUAUUGCCGAGUUACGCCUGUCCGAUGUUUCUUCGGAUUGUGCAUAACGUUGACAUAACUGGUACAUUUAAACUUCAGAAGAACAAGUUAAAGAGUGAAGGCUUUGAUAUAGGCCUCGUGGAAGACCAGUUAUACUACUUUGAUUCCAGAGAAAAAUUGUAUAUGGUUCUGGACGAGGUCAAAUACGAACAAAUUAUUCGAAGCGAAAUCAGAAUGUAAAGUAAAGUUAGAAGGGCAGGCGCCCCAGGUCACAGGAAGCCAAUUUAUUUGGAGCUGAAACCUGUCUAUGCCUCAUUAAUCUGUUGGCAGGAGGGGGCUGGGGGGAGGGGAUUGUAUGCCUUCUUGUCUUUCCCCGCCUUUGAAGCGUGUGGAUACCAAGUAUGAAACUAACACCUUGCCUUGUUCUGGAGAAAGUAACCAUGACCGUGUUGUCUUCCUGUGACUCUUGAGUGAUUGUAGACACAUAUGAAUCGUCAACUGACCGACUAUGCUGACGACUCUUAUGACUAGUCCUUUAAACUGAACGAGCUUACUCUCUUACGCUGGAGAUCUUACGCAACCACAACGGCGACGGCAUAGAAAACGUCACCUAGAAAGUGCAUUACUUGAACCUUAUCGCAUUUAUUCAAACUCGCUGAAUUUGUCAAUGAAGGCAAAUUCGCCGUCGUCAUGUGCAUGAGGAAAAUUUCGCUUUGUAGUCGCGCGGUGACGACGACCUGCCUUUUUUUAAAAUAAUGAUUUUUGCCGUUCUCGCUGCCGUCGGCGUCGUCGUUGCUAAAACUCCUCUUUAGCUCACUUGAACUAUUUUAUAUGAUAUUAACGACCUCUUCCAAUUUGCUGUCCACAGACGUUUUAUCUUUCGAGGAAUUUUGCGAAUGCGUGCCGUAGGAAAAAACCCAAACGCAACCCCCAUCCGCGAGCAGUCUAGUACUACUGCAGCGAAUUUUGUUUUGAUAAGCACGCUUGGCAUUAUAGGAGCAGAUCAUCUUAAAAUCAGUUAGGCUUACCAUAAAUCCUCUAUCAAGCUCCCUCUCUAAUAAAUCCCUUUUUUUAGGGAAAGAAAGUUAUUAAGCCCCCCACCUCUCCUCCCUGGAUAGACUGACUUGGUGUAGCUUAUUCAUAUGCUAGAAGUUUGGAUUUCUAGGGUCAUGUGCUUGAGCAUUUUUACUUUGCGUUCUAGUUCUUUAUAGAGAACUGAUACAUCUUCUGGUUAUUCGAAAAAGGAGUAUGGUGCCCCAUUUCGGCAAAUUAAUGAAGCCCCCCGUCAAACGUUUUUGAAAUAAAUAGAGGAUUUAAGGUAUUACAGAACACAACAGAACACGUAAAUUUCGUAUAUCCAUAAUAUAACUGACGUAAAGGCAAGUAUUGUACGUUAAGCAUAUUUUCCUCUGUAGGUAAAACCGGAAAUUUGACGAUAUGUAACUAUGUAAUGUUUGUAAUAUAUCGCCUUCGCCUUCACCAGAUAAAAAGAAGACGUCAUUGGCCAAUCAGCAUUAAACCACAUAUCAUACAUAACAACCCUUUGUCAGGUUGAAUGACAUGCGAUUAGUACAACUCUAAGCUUUUGUUUCAUUUCGUUAAGGCUAGGUUUGCACUAAUGGGGAUUUUUCCCGGAGAUUUUCCCAGAUUCAUAAAUGUUUCCGAAUUUAUUGCAUUCAGAGUAUUCGGAUCCACAGGCGCUCACAGACAUCAUGACACGUCAGUUGAUUCGAAGCUUAGCGUGUUAUAAUCUGAGGAAAAAAGCUUUCCGAUUUCGUGAAAGCAGGUUGUCGCAGUCGCAAGCAGAAGCGGGAGAACUAGCAUUAUGAAUAGUUUGCCAUUCCGUUUCUGCUACGGACUCUGACAAUCCGGUUUACUUUCUUUUAAUCGCUACCUGUUAGUCCGCGAGUAGUCUGAUCUGCUCAGAUGUCCCUCUUGUUUUCAUUUUCCGUCGAGCGAAACGCACUGGUGAAAAAUGGCCACGCGCGCACAGGCCUGUGUGCCAGGCGUUCGGAAAGGGAGGGGAAGGAAAUUUGGGCGCGCCCCUCGCGCUUCUUGUGCGCCCGAAAUCCCCUUUCCCUUGCCUUUCGAACACCUGCAACGCAGGCUACGCGCGAGCCUGGACUGGGUGCGAGACAGGAAAUGAGCCCUCUCCUCCUGCUUCUCGUGGCUUUGAGGCUCGCGCGCGUACCCACCCACCAUCUUUGUAGGAAAACAUGAGACGGCACGCGGGCUGCUACUUUUGGAGGGUCUUUACUUUGAAGGGAUCUCUUUUUUCUCGGUUAGCUAAGAACCGUGAAAUGAUAUCGUCACUUUUGGGGAAUCGUUGAUAUCGCAGCACAACAGUGAUAACUCGUGAUAAGGUGGGCUAAACAUAUAGAGCAGCCGGGACAAAUACAGUUGCUCUACUGAACAGUUUUUGUCCUUUAGUCUAAGAGUGCAACGACUUCCUCUAUUUUUUUUCUUCUCGCCUCUUUCUUCUUUCACUCUCACAGUUAUUCCUCUCUGUUUCCUUCAAAGUCGGGCUUGGUUACCCACCCUAAACAACAUUUUGGCGUCAAUUAGGUCAAAUGGCCGCAAUUUUCGUCAGCCAAGGUUUAGCAAAUCCAUUCAUCCGAAAAAUUGUGCAAACCCGUUCGUAAGCGCCCCUUGAAGUUGUUGGCAAAUUGCGCGUUUCGGAAAGGUGGCUACGCUAAAAUAUUCUUCCCCAGUCCUUUCUCUUAAGUUAAAAUCGUUUUUUAAAAAACUUUUAGUAGAGAGCUUUAGAUUGUAAGAAGAGGACGACAACGAGAACAAGAUUUUCUCAAUACUAAGUAGUACCAACGUCAUUUUGGCGGGAAAAUGUGGCAGCCGUCGUCAUUGUACUACGAGUUUUAGCGAAAUUGUCGUAGUGGCGAGAAAAAAGUUAUCAAAAGGUAGGAAAUUUUAUCAUUUAGCGAUCAAGUGAGGACUUAACCUCCCUCGAUGGAAAUAAACGUACUAACUUUUGUGGUAAAAAAAGUACACUGAAGUUUUCCGCGCUGUCUAUUUUUAGAGGAAAGGCGAGAAAACGUAAAAUUAAAUGUCGUCCUCCUCCUCGAAUCUUAAGCUCUCUACAUGUAAUUAUCUUCAAAGGAAAACUGAUUAGCCAUUAUAAAAACCAAGUUUUUUGUUCUUCUUCCCCUUCACUUCUCGUCCCAGGGCUCUCAUAAUUCCUCUCUUCUUCAGUUCCUUCUGAAGUGUGAUUUUUGAACGACCUAAAACUUGUCAGGUUUUCCCUCUUUCACCAGCACAUUUAUCUUUGUGCACAAAGCUAAACUGCAGAUUAUCCGGCAUCUUAAUUUGCAUCUCGUUGAUUAACGAAAGCUAUAUUGAAAAAGCCUUCUGAAACGUGAAAGUAAAGUGGCCGAGUAUUCUGUAAUUACUCCGUUCAUAAGAGAAGCUUUUAGAAAGAUGUCCGCUUCUGUCAGUAAAAAAAAAAGAAUGACAGAAAAAAGGGGAUCAAGGGACCAACAAAAAUGUGGUUUCUGUUCAUGUGCAAUUCGUUCUAUAAAAACAGUGUACAAAGCGUGACAAGUGCCGAAAGCUUUUCUGAAUAGUUUCCAUGCAUGAUCGCUCCUUUCGUAGGUGUGGCACAGUGAAAGAAAAGAGUCGUUCAUUCCGUGGCUUUGCGUGACAGCACGUUCGAACAAAGCGAUGGCGUACGCUUGGACAGUAGUGGUAGCUGGUAUUUCGUUUCUCGUUUACUUCACCAAGCUUCCUUUUUCUCUGGUACCAGUUCUUUUAUUUGGGGCGUUUUUGGCUUCAGGAGGAAAGUCCUUUCCCAGGAUUUUCUUUCGAACAUUUUUUCGUGAUUUAAGGUACGGUACAAGUGUCAUCAAAACUCUUUCAUUACCUUUGUAUUUGUUUAACAACGGCAGCAUAUAGCAAACAUUGAGAUCAGUUAUGGCUUUCUAGGCUUUGUAUAGCUGUGCAGGAUGGCCGUACCGGGGGUCAUAGUAUACAAGAGUUAAGUUACUAAUCCGGCAAGGAGCAAGGCACCCUUAAGGUUAAAGCACCUUCGGAUCUACAGUACUAGUGCGGCUGACCUUUGCAGCAUGUUUGUUUGUUUAUAAGACUACAGAUCAGAAUAGAAACAUUUCGCUAUUUCGCCUCCUCCAGGUAAUAUACUGUUCUCUUGCGUGUCAGUCCUAAAUAUAGCAGAUUGCAUUGUGUGAUUGAUUGCAAUUUCGGACGCACAAAAUUCAUGCACAAAGUACACAAGUUGUUUGUUUGUUGUGAGUUAUUUGUUUAGCUGCUGCCGUUGUUGCAUUGCGGCGUGGCGCUCGUUUUCAGGCCUUCUCCAAGGUUCAGAUCAAGAUGGCGUUGCACUAAAGGUAGAAUGUGCUAAAGAUGACAGAGAUUUCCUCUACUUUUCACCAAAUCAGUGCUUGUGCAUUUUAAAAUACCCGGCCACUUAUAUGCCUCUCGGGUUGAAUAAGAAAAGCUGCAUAUUGUGUACCAGCGAUGGACAGAAAAGAAAACUAUUUGUAAAAAACUGAAUCUAUGCAGACGACGCUGUGGUUAAAUGGAAGGAUACAAAACCCGUUGAGGGGGAAGGCUAGGGAAGUAAUAAAAGCGAUUGUUGCUCCCUGCUGCUAAGCCAAAUGCCGAGCACGGCGUAGCCUAGUGUAAAAUUAACGGAUGUAGUAUCCAUAUCUUCCGUAAAUCACAAUUUUAGGUAUAAAAUUAGUUAUGCAGAUGCUAUGAAUCAUCUCGAAGUACACCAUGCCUUCCUUUUUUAUAAAUGACCGCAUCAGUCUAAGCACGGACCAUCCUCCAAAUCCACAAAACUCAGUAAACAGGCAUAGCUUGGGAAACAGGACAGCCGUGAUUGAUAGUUGACAACAUAGGCAGUUCAGGGGGAAACAAAAAAAGUAACAUCUAAUAUAAAAAUAAAGGACUCCAAACCCAUAACGUCGAAAAGUGCGAUCAAAGGUAUAAUAACUAGAGGUAAGACAUAAUGGUUCUGGCAAUAACACAUAGGUUCCAAUAUGCGAGAAAGUGGAACCGUAACGUAAAGGAGAACAGCCCCGGGGGGGGGGCACUUUAGGAAUUUCUGGGUGGGGAUGUGCCGCUGGGACCCUGGAACCCUUGACCUAUACCAGAGCUAGUUCAGCUGAAUUUUGCUACCCUAUACUAGAGUAAACUCCCAGAAUCCUCCUAUCCUAGAGUGGCUGUUUCCCCAGUCUAGAUAAAAUCUUCAACCAACUGAUCACUUUCCUGAAAAAUGAUACCCUAUUCUAGACCUAAACGCUCUGAUUUAUAUACCCUAUCCUAGAGUAAACUGCUUGAAAACCAUACCCUUCACAUCGGCACAUGGGGCCCAUAUGUCCCCAGCGGCGAAGAGCCUCAAAGAAAAUUCCCCGAGAUCCUCAGUGAGCCCGCCCUGUAAACCUACCUGAAAGGCAAAUGAUGCACCACCCUAUCAAAAGGAAAGGCAAACGAAAUCUCUAACUAGAAGAUCACGGGCAUGGACGGCAGUGUAAAGGCGUUGCCAAAACUAACAAUAGCUACAAAUCCUGGAAGGAAGGGAAGGAGAAUCUUGCCAUAUGAAGACCUGAGAGCGUAGAUACAAACGAGAGAGCCCUGUGGGUAGCAAUUACUGGGUUAAGUGGGGAAGUCAGGAACUGGCGAGACAAGUGGAGUUACACAACCUGUUUAUUACCCCACCGAAUAGUGAGUGACAAGAGGGGCACCCCGGGGAAAAAUUGAAAGUCUGACCUGACAAGUCGGAUAAGCUGUUGGGAAGGAGCCAAAAUAUGACGGGAACUAGGUAAAAGAUGGUUUUUACGCAGUACGCCGUAAAAGAAAAGUAGGCAAACGAUCCAAAAAUGAGAUAUCAAAACCGUUAGGUAAAUACAACUCGAAGAUAGGGGACAAAAGACUGCUAAGGGUCAAAAUACCUGUAAGGAGCCGGGAUUGAAGGGCCCAGUUAUUAGCUAAGGGAUUAGGCAGGUUGAAUUCCUUGUGCAAAAUGCUCAUAAUUGUAAGCAGAGAUUUUCCAUGAAUUCUUUGUUUGCCUCGAGUUUCAUAUAUGUUUUAUAUAUAUGUGGUGGUUGAGCUAGUGCUGGGGGAUACCCCAUGUACGGACAAAAACGUACCUGUUCCAUUGAGUGCAGUAGGUAGCUUUUGCUUUUACUUGAAAAAUAAUCUGUAGUGGGAGACUUUGUUCUCUAGUUGUGUUGGGCCACCUCAGGGCCCAGGCAAUCUACAACAGAGAUGUUCUUGACUGGUAGGAAACAAUUAUUCUAUCCACCACUGACUUGGGCUGGCGUAUCAAGAGAAAACUUAUGACAAAAGCAUUCCCAUCGAACACAUGCUUCUGCUGCUACUGGACAUGCAGCCUUAUUGACAUCAGUUGUGGGAGACGGGCUGACUGAGCUUGCCAUUGAAAUGACAACAGCGGGAAUGCAACUAUCUAAUAUCUUCAUGAAAUCCUGCAUUUUUCCUGAGGGGGAUUGAAGGAAAUUCUUAUCUGAUCAAGGAUCCGUCACAAGAAUGUUGGACCACCAAACACCACCCGACAAGCCAAGUUAAACUUGCCUGCAAGUGGCUUUUUGCUUGCUCCUCCCCGAAACAAAAACUUAGUGACUACACGGUGCAGCUCGGUGCCGGUUUGUUAGGUGGAAGUGCCAUCUCGCAACGGAACGCGUCCAGUUCUACGCCCAGGAGCACUUCUGCGUUGGGCAAAUAGCUUUACUCUGGGGAAUAGAAAGGUGUAUUGAUGAUGUUCGUUACAGGAUGCUGAACGGUAGAUUGAAAAUAAACGAUGAUAAAAACGAAUUUCUGAUAAUCCGCCCAUCGCAGCAACUGGGUAAAGUAUUUCAGAUUUUGAGCCUUUGUGCUGGGUUAGUUGUGAUUAUUCCAAAAUCUGCGCUAAAAUUUGCAAGAGCACAUACCAAGGUAGGUUUUCUCACUGAAUAUCUUUUAGAGGUCGAGAAAGCUCUACGGAUAACCAUAACAAUAUAUCAUUACUGAAACCGGACAUACGUUUCAAGCAAGCAGGAGAAGUGUGGAGAACUUAUGGUUAACAGAGCGCGAAGAGGUGAGAAAGGUUGGAAGGUAGGCUGCCCAUCCUAAGGGAAUGGCAACUUUUCCUAAUUAAGUAAAAUAUGAAAUGUCCUACAACCCACUAACCUAUUCAAGAAAUAACUAGUUAUCGGGUCAGCAAUUGUCCUAUCCUGCGCUCGGUAAAAUUUUGUCUACAAAUUCUACACUUCGUAACACUCUCUCACCCUUUGCCAACUGGGUCGGCGCCCGUUAGGAACAUUUAGGACUCUUGGGCUACCACAGAUCCAGUAAGCGGUCCAUUAGGAUUCAAAACAUGGCUGUCAGUGCGCUGCCUGUCUGAAGUCUGGCGCUUUGAUUUUGUGAUCGAGACUUCUUCGGUGAGGCUUUUUCCUUCAGUUUUAGCUACUUGACUUGUUCUGGAAGUUAAAGCUCCACCUGCAGUGAAAGUUUUUCAUCCAGUGAUGGAAAGGAGUCUUCGGGGUAGGUGAAAUAUAGAGCCGGUUCAAAUAAUAGCGAGUGUUGCUACUGUCAAGCCGAAUGCUGAAUACGGCGAAAUUAGAGUUUAGCUUAGCUUAUUGGAUUGACGCUAAAAGCGUCAUCUUCUUAUCCCCCUUCAGUGGCCAAUCUGCCUUGUUAUCAACGCAGAUCAUUCAUCCAAAUUUGCAUGUAACUCACCCUCACCGACGUAGCACCACCAAUCCUUUAUUUCCAUUUACCUCUGCUUUGAAUGUUACGUUGUUUAGAACUAUCAUACCAAACCACGAAGUACAUUUAUGUAUGUCCUGUAAUGGUUUUUAUUUCUCUUCUUUUGUCACAAAGGGAGAUAGAAAACCCUUUACUGUUAUUCCAUCUAUUGGUGGAUGCCAUUUUUGUCGCCGUCUUCAUUAAUUUACUUUCAGACGAAUGGGACAUGUAUUCACUAAUGUUUCAUGAAAAUUUGCCUAAGUUAAACUUGGGACAUUUCUGGCCAGGGAGUCUUUCUUAUGACCAGGGCUGCACCAGGGUACCAGGGUAUUUAUAGCUUCUCUAUUGAGGUCAGGCCAUCACACUACAUUACGCUGUUCAUGCCGCGAUGAAGCAUUCUGCACCCUACCUAACCCUACCUUUGGUGAGUGUGUUCAAUUUCCACCCGUUAGCAGUGUGACAGUGCCUGAUUGGGGUUUGCCAUGGUUACUUGUCGGCAGUUCUUGGCUUCACCAACCGCUGACACGCCUUUCCUCAACGCUCACCUUUGUUGAUGAGUUUCACCCUUGUUUUGAACGUUCAGUAAGCCAUUUUUCUCAAGGGUUAAUAAUUAUUAAUACAUGCUUGACUGGUAGAUACACACGAUCUCAUGUUAGAAAGAAACCUAUCUUAAGCAGUCACCCACGGGACCCAGUCUAGUACAAAAGUAGUAUAGUUGUUCGCAAAAUACAAGUUUGUUUAACUAAAACCAUGGGAAGAAACGCCAGGGACUUUCUAAGGUUUGUGUCCACGCAAUGGAAAUAUUUUGCAGCGGUUCUUGAUAAUCAAAUUAUUUAUCUAAUAUUAAUUUUUUUUCCUUCCUGAAGGGCAGUUUACCUGGCUACACCCUUGGUCAUAAGUUUAUUAAAGCAUCAAAGGAACAAUGACACAAUAGCAGAUAUUUUUCGCCAAACAGUGUCUAAGCAUCCUCAAAAGACAGCCUUCUUCUAUGAACAGAAAACAUGGAAAUUCCAAGAAGUGGAAGAUUUUGCCAACAGAAUUGCAAAUUACUUCAAAUCUCAAGGGUACAAGAAGGGUGACAAAGUGGCUUUACUUCUGGAAUCAUGCCCUGAAUUUGUUUGUAUAUGGCUAGGGUUAUCUAAACUUGGUGUUAUCACCGCACUCAUCAACACCAACCUCAAACGUGAUUCGCUAUGGCAUUGCGUAUCUGCUGUAGAGGUCAAAGCUAUAAUCUUUGGAAGCGACUUUUCAGGUACUGUACGUCCCACCCCCAGUUUCUCCCAAAAUUCAGAUCCAGCUUCCCACAUUUUUAAUUAAUAAUUUUAAAGGCCUUCUUGGGAUGAAAGGGAAGAAGAGAUGGAGCUUCUUUGCUGUCCUCCGCAUGCAGCAGUCACGCAGUUCAAACGUGAGCAGUGUUGCAGUUCCGUUGAUGUUAAAUUUACUGCAGGGCAUAUCCUGCAACUACACUAGAGGAAACAUACCCGCGCUUGCUGCCUGGGUGUAGGUCAUCAUAAGGAAGAGGGUCCUUCAUCCUUUCUUUAUCAUAAAAAGAUUCUCCUUUUGAUAUUUUGCUCCUCAGUAAUUCUUCCCCUAGGAAUUGGCAUAUUAAAUAAUAACUCAUAACUACAUAGGCAGAUACGUCCAUUUCAUUAAAACUGGUUUAAAACAUAAUAUGCUUUACUUUAGCCCUCAUUAUAAAGGGAUGUAAGUUUUGUCAUUGUUUUUACUACUGUAACACAAUUCACUCUUGACAAUCUGUAACAUGUAGGUGCAGUGAAUGACAUUCAUGAACAGGUGCCAAAAGAUACACACAUGUAUUACUUUGGACCUGCACCUUGCUCAGUGAACACAGCUUUAAGCCUUAUCAAGGAAUUGAAAAGAAGUUCUCCGAAACCACCAGACACUGAUCACACAAAGUCGUUUAAUGGUAGGUUUAUAGUAUGUAUACAUAUGUGUAAAAUUUUUAAUCCUAACUCUCGGACAACACAUGCAGAAUCCCUGAGGAAUUCCACUGGAAUCCAGCAGGGAUUACGAGUAAUCUGGAAUUCUAUAGUAGUUCCAUGACAAUGCUGAAUGCUGCCAGAGUUUGGAUUUCCAAAACCCAGACAUGACUGCCUAUAAUUAUCAGAUUCCCACAAAAAGACAAACUGGUGUUCUGCAGUUGGAUUUUCCAAAUGUCCACUUGGUAAACGUGGUGUUACACGGAGCGAUGCCCACGACGAUUUUUAACGCAACACAGGGUUGCAAUAUUGGAAGAAUGUUGCAAUCAUUCGAAACAAUGUCGCAAGAAUGAUGCAACGCUGUGUUGCGCUAAAAAUCGUCGUUGCGAAUCGUCUCGUGUAAUAUCACCUUAAAACAUUGUUAUUAAUUUCACUGGAUCUUGUCCGAUUUUGCAUUUUUCAAUGCAUUUAUCACUGGUACGUGGGUUCAGCGCUCAUUUUUGUCCUGCAUCAAUACCAUAAAUUGUGUAAGUUCCCAUAAGCUUGUAUUUCUGGAUGUAAAGGAAAAUCUCAAGAGGUAUUUAUUAAGAAAAGUGGACUACUGUGAUUUUUUGUUGUAGAUGUACUGAUGUAUAUCUACACAUCAGGAACGACUGGGCAUCCAAAGCCAGCAGUUAUAACGAACAAGAGGUAAGCAAGGUUUGAGAGAUCGCACACCUUUCACCUGAUUGAAGUCGAUAAACACUGACACGGAUAAUUAGGCUGAUUUAGCAACAUUACUGGAACGUCAGUUGGCAAAGGGAAAGGGAGCGGAAAGGAAUAAACGCGACUUCCGGUGCCCAAUUUGCCGCUCUGCCAUUGGUCAAGCCAGUUGCUUGAUUUGCGCGCGCCGUUGUCAACUGACGUUCCCGUUCUAUUGCUAAAUCAGACUAAUAAUUUGUUUAAGGGAACUGAUCUGAUUGAAAAUGAAGUGGAACCAGUUAGGAGGUUAAUAUUCAUCAUAAUUUCUAGGUAUGGCAUUUACUAACCUGCUACCGCGGGCAGAAGGAUUCUGCAGGUCAGGGUGUUUAUCACACGCCUUGAAACCAUUACCUUUAUAUUUCAAAACAAAUUGUGAAUUUGUUUCGUUAUUCCUCAUCUCAAUUGGGGCCAUCUUAAGCUACCAUUUCGCCUGGCUCUUUAUCAGGAACGGGUAACUGACUUGAUAUCUAGUUUGAGGCCUGACCCCGUUUCUGCAUUCUGCAGUUUCCACUUUAGUAUUCAACUGUUGUUUUUCGUCUGUUAGAUUUUUCUCUUUUUCCUGCGUCUACGCUAUGUACUGUGUGGCCCCCGAAGACGUCAUUUAUUGCACUUUGCCAUUGUACCACGGUGUUGGAGUGAUGAUGACUGUGGGAUGUUGCCUUAUGAGAGGAAAUACUGUGGCACUGAGGCGAAAGUUCUCUGCCAGUAGAUUUUGGGAUGACUGUGUGGAAACUAAAGCAACUGUAAGUGCAUGUCAAAUCAGUUAACGAUGUUCUUCUUUCAAACUUAGCUUUAUACGUCUAUUUUAAAUUUGUAAAUAUCAGCCAUAACUUAGUAAAAAAGUGAAAAUGUUAAAUUUUAGCGGGUCUUUUAGAAAUGUCCAGAGCGUCUCAAAACUCCAGGCACCAUGCCUUGUCUACCACGUCCAGCUUAAGUUCCUCAAAGCGCUGCGUUUUGCAUCUGGAAAGCUUGUACCAGUCUCCCUGCAAAAAGGAAGAAAUGAUGGGCUCUUUAUUACUGAUAAAGUGCUCGUUUAGUUUACGUUUUCCUCAUUUCUCUCAAAGCCUGGUGUUACCCGUAUAUAGGUAGUCUGCUUCACAACCGUUCUUCGUGUCGUCACGCAAAGAACGGUGUGAAGCAGACUAAUAUGUAGGAGAACACGUUUGCUAUUAACCUAGCAAGUCUUGUUUUUCUUUCAAAUUCAGAUUUAGAUUUAGAACACUCUAACCGCAUUGACGUGGUAAGGCCAACACAACUUGGGUUGGUCUCAAAUUUAACUGCCGCAUGGAGGCACACACCAAAAGUUUACACUGCCAGAAAGUGAACGUUUCUUGUUCUCACUUGACAGGUAGUUCAAUACAUUGGUGAAAUUUGUCGUUAUCUUUUGGCCCAACCUUAUCGUCCUUCUGAGAGGCAGCAUUCGGUGCGCCUUGCCGUCGGGAACGGACUCCGACCUCAGCUAUGGAAAGAGUUCCAGUCACGCUUUGGCAUCAAACAGAUUGGAGAAAACUAUGGUUCAACGGAGGGAAAUAUUGGUUUUCUCAAUAUUGACAACACACCAGGGGCUUGUGGAUUUGUUUCGGUUAUCGCACCCGCAUUGAUGACUACAAAGUUCAUCAAAGUUGACACUGUAACUGGAGAUUUACUCAGGGGUGAAAAUGAUUUGGCCGUCCUAGCAGGUCCUGGAGAACCCGGGCUUGCUGUUGGAAAGAUUGUAAAAGGUACCAGUACUCUGUUCGUUUAGCGAAUGGUACUCAAUAUCACGAAACAACGGUUUCCUAGAACAGCAUUGUGUGUUGUGCAAAAAUUAUUUCUUUCAAAGCUCUCAAAGUUGGGAACGACGUUAGCUUUUUACUUGCUUCUGGAGCAUUUCUUUCUCUGGCUCCAUCCACGAUGAAAAAAUAUUUUUAAUUACGCAGUGUGAAAUUGUUAUUCGAGGGUAGACAUUCCUUUACUGCCAUUGGAUAGCUUAUCUCCACUAACAAAUAUACACGCUCAUUCGAGCUUCAACAUUUCGAGAAUAACAGCGCUGUGAGUGCCAUGACUGCAGCCUGAGGAAACAGCCGGCAACUCGUAGCGACGCCACUGCUGAUUUCCCCGCUAAAUGACGUCUGAAGAAGGAGCUCAGAAAUUCCAUACUGAUGACUUGUCACUACCCCGACCUAAGUGCUUUUGAUUGGAUGAAGCAAAUAUCAGCUAAUCAGAAGCACUAUCUAGAUUUGGGAACUGUCACGUCAUCAGUAUGGAGUUUCUGAGCUCGUUCCUCAGACGUCAUUUCACAGAGAAACCAGCGGCGUAAAAUGUCGACUAUUUUCUCAGGCUGCAAUGAUCUGGGCUAGGAGUUUAUUAGGACUGGAAAAGGAUUCACAUGGUGUCUACAUAACAUGUUACCGUCUAACACUCUUAACGUUUUCCCAAUUCUUUCUCAAUAGUUCUCCCCUUUCAUGGAUAUGUUAACCAGGAGGAAACAUCCAAAAAGAUUGGCCAUGACAUUCUAGAGAAGGGAAACUCCUAUUUUCUUAGUGGCGAUCUGCUGGUCAAAGAUGAGUAUGGCUAUGUGUACUUCUAUGAUCGCAUUGGAGACACGUUCCGCUGGAGAGGUGAAAAUGUGUCCACUGCUGAAGUGGAGGCAAUAAUGAGCAAGAUACUUGGUCUGCGUGAUGUUGUUGUGUAUGGAGUUCAAGUUCCAGGCACUGAAGGAAGGGCAGGAAUGGCAACUAUUGUUGAUUCAGAAAGUGACAUUGAUCUGAGCAGACUUGUCCAAGGUCUGAAUGAGCAAUUGCCACAUUACGCUCAUCCUCGUUUCUUGAGGAUUGUCGAAAGUGUUGCCAUUACAGGAACAUUCAAGUUCCAGAAAAACAAAUUGAGAGAAGAAGGAUUUGAUGUUAGAAAAAUACAGGAUAAACUACUGUAUUAUGACGUGAAUGAAGGGAAAUAUCUGUCGUUACAUGAAGACACGUUUAAUAAAAUCAAUCACGGUAAAAUCAGAAUGUAGCAUUUCAUUCUCCCUCACCAAGUUCGUUCGAAUGAAAAAUAUUUUUCUUCUUGUUCGGACGUCACAAGAGAAGCAGAGACAAAAGACAACUAGAAAAAAUACAGGUUGGAUAGCGCCUAGACUUGAAACCUGAAAUAAAUAUUCCAGUACAAAUGCCCUCCUCUCCUUGUAUACUGUGUAAACGAUCGAACAGUAGUUCGUAAUUAGAAAGUGUAAGAACGAAUUCUUGACAAAAGAUACAAAGAAAAUGGUGCAUACUUGCUAUGCCCUCAAACGAAGGAAAAUUCAUUUUACUGUUGUCAUAUAGUUUCUUUUUCCCGGAAUCAGAUUUAACGUAAGAUUAUCAUAGGAUAAACAAAUACAUUCAGUAUGGUGCGAAAGAAAGACACUAACUUUAAUAAACUAUUGUUAAAAUUCUCGCUGAGCUUGACCUUGUUAUGAUACAAACCUCCUUUCCUUUUUUAACAUAAGAACACCAUUAAGAAAAUAAGCAGGAAGGGCAGGCUAUUAUUCUAUUGCGGAACCCUAGGACGUCUAAUAUCCCUGACGCAAAACAACUAAUUUCCAUUUUUUUUUUGCACGACGACGACGUGAAAAUGCCUCAUCUCACGUUUUAUGGAUAAUAUUAGGGAACUUUAUACGAGAAAAAAAUAAGACGCGUCUUACAUAGGACGCGUCUUAAAUAAGACGCGAACUUUCUGUAUAAUUAAACGGCACAUUUCGUCUAAAAUAAGACCCGACUUAGCUAAGACGCGUCUUAUUUUAAAACAGCCCUUACCACCUGUUCUUAGAUAAGACGCGUCUUAGCUAAGACGAGAGAAACUUCGUAUAAAUGACCUUCGCGUCUUACAUAAGACGCGAACGCAUGGUACGCAUGCGUUAAUUUUUGGCGGGAAAAUUUUUGCGCCUUGUUGGUUGCCGUUGCUACGGGCAACACUCACAUGAAAACGAGUCAAGAACAGAAAUAAGUCGCGAACCAUUUAUACGAGCUGUUCUUGUCGUAGAUAACACAAGCUCGUAUAAAUGGUACAGUUCGCGUCUUAUUUAAGACGCGUCCUAUGCAAGAAGCGUCUUAUUUUUCCUCGUAUAAAUGGCCCUAUUGUCUUUCCCUUUCUGAACUUGGAUAUGAUUCUCAGGUAGUCAACUGAAAUAAUAGCGAUCAAAAUUGAAAGAACGCGAAUUCACUUUCGCUGCCGUUGCUGUCAUCGGAUGUUAAUAGCCUGUGGCAGGCGUCGAAGGGAGGGGAAAGGAGGAAAAAGGGAAAGGAGAUUGUGGGAUUUUCUCCUCCAAUCCCCAUCCCCUUUUUUUGCACCUACCACGCAGGCUAGAUCUUAAGGUCCCUAUAAAAAGUAUAGGCACUAUUCAGGCUCUCGUCCCACUGACAAUAUAUUACCAUUUUUUACAUAAAACAGUGAUUGUCUGGACAGGCAGAUGCAUGGUUUACUGUCUACAAAUGAGAAAACUGCAAGGCAAGAUUGACAGCUGUGUCAGAGUAAGCUAUUGCAGGCAUAUUUGAAAUUGAAAUGUUAGUUUGUUUGUUUGAAUGAAUUUUCAAGGAAAGAAGCGAUCGAGUGAUAUUCUGAAGAAAAUUGAAAAAGGUAAAUACUACAAUGGUGAACGUUACCUGUUCAAUUUAUUGUUGUCUCUCAAAUAAGCUUAUAGCCUGAUUUUUUUCUUCUAGUUAGUAAAACUGAAAGACGCUCGUUAUAAUUAGAAAAAGAAUAUACAUGUGAGGCGACGGCAAAAGCAGACUUACCCACCGCUUAACUUACACACUGCUAAGAGAAUUAUAAUGGCAUAAGUCAUAUGUUAUGGCAGUAACGUAUAUGAUUUUGGCGUUAGCCGGCCGCGUUAGCCUAGAAUGGGGAACCUUUGGUGGGUUGCGUUAUGGCAACUUAACAUUUACUACUUCUGAGGAAGUGAUUAUAUGAAAUCGAACCUCGGAAGGAUUCAACAUGUAAAAAGACCGUUGCAGUUAUCUACCACAAACUAAGAAAGCAAAAAAAUUACCUGAACGUGUUAGUAGAAAUAUUGAACUUCCGUAGCUACAAUAUUUACAUAUCAAAGGACUAACUAUCCAAUAAUUGGAAUGAGCGGCUCAAAAACCAGAUAGGGAGGCAUGAUCAAUGCAAGAAAAACUGAUAAAAAGAUAAGGGGGCGGGAGUAAAAACAUUUACUAGACGGUGGGGGCUGGAGUAGAAGUUUAAUUUUUUUUGACAUCCUGGCAUAUGUGUGUUGGGGUAACAUGGAGUGACACCAGUACUUCUCAUUGUAACGUAUUUAAAGCACAAAAAAAUCCAAAUACAUAAAAACAUUAACCAGUCAUAUUGAUAACAGCGACUGUAAAGGUGAGUCUAGUGAAGCAAUUGGAAUGGAAUAAGCGUGGAUAAUAUCCAAGGAAUAAGUCAGAAAAAAGUUGACGAACUACUUGAAGCAGCAUGUUAGGCUUUGAUCACAUUAUACCGAAUAGGUUCUGUGACGGCACGAAAAGCAUACCGGAUACGGAUUCAGUACACACUUGAAAAACGGUGAAUUUUCGGCGCCUUUUCUGCAACGGAGAAAGCUGCGCAGUGCCGCGUAGAAUUCUAAAGUGGAGAGUCACAUAUCAGAUGAGCUCAUGAGGUAAAAAAAUUUGGCUAUUUUUGCAUCCGAGAAAAGUGUGGUAGUGACUUGAAGUCACGUCACCGUACGUCAGACCAGGGCAACCCUUUAACCUUUAUCCGCCUUGCGUCAGACCGCCCGCCAGCCGCCUGCCCAAACGUCCGCACCACAGGCAUGCCCAUAUAAAAUAACUCAAUCAACAGGUUUGGCAACCCAAAUGUAACUCGAGAUUUUUUGGGCGGGAAAUUGCAAGGCCAACCGCGUCUUGUGAAGCAAAGACAAAAGACAAAAUGAAAAGCGGAAAUUGUUUCUAUAUCUUUGUUGUCUAAAGUAUUUUAAGCUUGAUUAAUUGUCAUGUCCACAAAUUGAAUUUGGAAUAUAGACUCAGAGAAAGACAGAAAAAACGAGAAAGAAGGCGACAGGCUUGCGAAGCUCAACGAGAAAAAGAGCGCCAGAGAGCUAGGGUGAGAGACAAAAAACAAAGGAGACGAAUUUCGCUGGAAGAACAGCAUGAAAAUUUUAUACCGGAGGUGGGAAAAUGAGAAAUGCUAGCAGGCAGGGAGGCGGAAAUUAGCAGCAGUUAAAAAAAAAAAGGAACAGGAACACAAACAACAAAACUUUUUGUGAGCACAACGACAUUUUUCCAUGAAACGUGUAACUAGUCAGUUUCAAGUUGCAACAACAACGGCCAAAAAAAAAGAGGAAAAAAAAGUGCGCUGCAGGUGCAUAGUUGUUGUUGUUUUUUGCUAAUUAGACCUAUUUUUUUUUCCGUACUCGUUGCCGUCGCCGUUUAGUUUGAGUAAAUUAUAGGUUAUUAUAAAAGAAAAAUCGAAAGCUCAGCUUUUAACCCUUGCUAAAACUAUUGUUAAGCAUUACUAUGCCGGCCGGAUAGUUCUCGUGUCGUCACGAUGAAAGCUAUUCGGUCAAGGUCAGUGGAGGUAAAUCCGCACUUGUAUGACGAGUUUUUUCUCUUCUUCGAACCUCUUCCCUUCUCCUCGUUCCCCUUCCUUUCAAAAGUCAGAAAUGAGAUAUUUUUCGGGCUGGUGGACCCCAAAAACUCACAUCCGUUUGGCUUUCCUAAAGUCAAAUGUUAAAUAUUCAGUAGCUUCGUUUUUGAUAUAUAUGCCCAGUCGGAUCUUAUUGGAAUUACAGGCGGCAUAUGCCGAUAUAUAUAUUUCUGUCCUCAAGCACGUUUUUUCUCCUUCACUAGCGAGUUUUUCUUUGAUGUUAAACUGCAAAACUGACGCGACAACAUCAUUUACAUCUUGUUGAAUAAGACAAGCUAUAUUGUGUUAGGUCUACUCCGACACAUGUAAAGUGGUCUGAAGUGCCGGGUAUUCUGCAGUUCUCCGUGAAAAAAAAAAACAAGGAUGUCCGCGUGUGUAGAAAUACCAGAAUGACUGAAAAUAGCAGACCGGGGAAACAAUAGAGAUUGUUUAAACUGUUCAAGUAUAAUUGGUUCUAUAGUAGGCGUGACAAGUCACCGAGGACAAGUGUUUGAAUAUUUUGCUGAAUAGUUUCCAUGCAUGAUCGCUUUUUUUCCUAGGUGCGGCACAACUGCUUGACCAGUUUGCGUGACAGAAAGUUUGACUGAAAGCAAUGGCGUUCACUUGGGCAGUAGUGGUAGCUGGUAUAUCAUUUCUUGCUUACUUCACCAAGCUUCCUUUAUUUCUGGUACCAGUUCUUUUGUUUGGGGCGUUUUUGGCUUCAGGAGGAAAGUCCUUUCCCAGGAUCUUCUUUCGAACAUUUUUUCGUGAUUUAAGGUAUAUACCCUACAUUGAUUUGUACGGUAAAACUUUAAAAGUGUAAUGAACAUCCUCUUCAUUUGCUUCAUGGAAAGCCAUAAUUUGUAGACGCUGAGAUCUUUUAUGGCUUUCUUAGCCACGUAGAGCUUAAUUAAUCAGAUAGUCCAAAAAUGGGUAAGAUUUCGCUGUAAUCACAUACAUUUAUUAUGCAGCUAUGCAUACAUGUUUUGACUCUAUUCAUAUCAACUGUCUGUGAGAAAAAUAUGAAAUUGUUUCAUGCAUAAUAGAUGCCUGGGGUCAUAUGGAAAUCUUACCCAAAUAUUUUUACACAGACCGCAAAGAGUGUCGUAGAAUACGAGGCUUUUUAAAAUAUACUGACCCGGCACUGAAGGAGCAAAGCGCCCGCCGGGCAAAUUGACCUCUGCAGCGUGCAAAUUUGAAAUGGUCCAGCGCUCCAGCAAACGUGCAAACCCCCAAAAGGCAAAAAAUGUGAGAUUCUGAAUCGUGAGACCCACGACAAAGUCGUGAAACUUGGCAAGUCUGCUCCAUUAUUUUAAAGAAAGGUGGCCUACAAGGAAUAUUAGAACCAGAUGUACAUUGCGUGACCGAUCGCAGUUCCAAUGUGUUGUUCAAUUUUAUCAACAAAUUUUAAAUUCAAAUUUUACUCAUUUAGCCAUAAAGACAACACAAUGAAAUUUAAACCAGGGAUAAAAUUAAUCCACAACAGACGCACAUUGACAAAAUUUGUGUACAAACGUACUGCUACAAGAGCCAAAUUCUUCGCGUGGUAGUUGUUUCCAGUACUCCUCCAGCAGCUUUCCGUUCAAGAUGGCCGCGUUGCACUUGCAGGAUUCCUUUACUUCUUACCCAAGUUAGUGCUUUUCUAUUGCCCCCUUUAGUUGAAAUUUCAUAGUUAUCGGCUUUCCUUUGAUUUAUUUUCUUCAAUCAAAAUCAGUCAAAUUGAAACUCAAAAGACCGUCAACGCCUGAAAUAUUGUGGGAACGUUGAAUGUGUUUAAGCGUUCCCGUCGCUAACGAACAAACCAAACAAAAUCCAUUCAUAAAAUGAACAAUCCAAAGUCAUAAGCCUCGAUUCCAUAAUCGAAUUUGAUUUUACUGUUUUUGAAAAAAUUACACUUUCCACAAGUUGACCUCGCUUUUUUCUGAGAGUCGGGCUGGCGAGUUCUUUCAAACCCAAACAAACUGUUGCAACAAAAUGACACCUUUUACGGUCAAAAAUAUUUGAGGUAUUCACAGGUCUCAUUCUAGCUGUUAUUUUGAUUAAAACUGAAAAAGGUUGAAAAGGGAAGCAAAUACGAUUGAACAGCAGACAGAAUAAAGAACAGGUAGAUUUUGUUCAUAAACCAAAUCAACAUUUGAUUAUUGAAUCACAAACCGUUGGUGAGAAUCAACAAACGAAAAUUUUUCCAUUAAUGAUUGGUUUAUCCUUCUGGUUUGACUGCUUGACUCAAAACAGAGAUCAGGACAGGCAAGCAGCAAAACUCAAACCAAUUGCUUUGAUUUAGUUUUCUUACGCUUCGUGGGCUUUUUCCUUGCAACAAAAUGACAUUUUAGAAAUAUUUAGGUAUUGGUCUCAUGAAAACUAGAGUCGUAUGCAGCAGAAGAAAAUGGAAAUGUUCUGAUUCUGGUUUUUUGAUCAUCUCAUAAGCAGAGUCCGAAGAAAAUGGAAAUGUUCUGAUUCUUUUGACUCUCACUCUGUUAUGCUCAUGACUCUGCUUACGACCCUGAUUUUUGAUUUUCACAAGGUCAUAAGUGCUCUUACAGCUCUGCACUUACAACCCCGACUUUGACUUGGUUACUAGUGAAAACCAACCGUAAAACAAUGCUGAAAAGAAUAUAGUUAUACUUUGAAAUUUAAGCACCCUCAUAAAAGCAAUAAUUUGCAGAUGAAUUUUUCAGUAGCUUGCAUGACCAUUUUGAGCAACUUGUUUGGUCAUGUGACUUUCUAUAAUUUUAGUAAAGCAAAAAUGAUGGUUUGCAGUUCAAAUGGUGUUAAACUACCAGGAUAGAAUGCUGUAGAAAUAUCUCUGCUUCCACCCAUUAUCAUGAAUGAUAGUGACCAAUUGAUUUCCUUGCCAGACAAGUUAUUUUGUGAGCGUUCAUGAUCAUUUUAACUGCAAGCUGUUGAAAGUAUUGUUAUCACCUUUCUAAAACUAUAGAAAAUCACAUCAUCAAACAGGAAGCCCGGAAUGGUCAUGCCAGCUAUUUGAAAAUUCAAAUGCAAACAAUAGUUUUUUAGGCUGCUAUAACAGUUUAAUGAUUCUGGUAGUAAACAUCCUCAUCAAACUAUUGUUAGUUUCCUUUCCGGCCACUUUUAGGAUUGUCACACAAUGCUCCUCCCCACGACGAUGCUGAAAACGGCUGUGAAAGAGACUUAAUUAUCUCAUGAUGUAAGAAAUCAAUUAUUAUUUUGAUAGGUUUAUCUUCUUAGCUGCAAGCCUUACCAUAAAAAUUAAGAAGCUCUUAAAGAAUCAGAAUACAAUAGCAGAAGUUUUUGGACAAGUUGUGGCCAGACAUCCUCAAAAGGCAGCUUUCAUCUUUGAAGAGAAAACAUGGACAUUUCAAGACGUCGAAGAUUAUUCCAACAGAGUUGCAAAUUACUUCAAAUCAGAAGGCUACAAAAAAGGAGACAAAGUGGCUCUAUUUCUGGAAUCAUGCCCUGAAUUUGUGUGUUUGUGGCUUGGGUUAUCUAAACUUGGAGUAAUAACUGCCCUUAUCAACACCAACCUUAGACAUGAUUCACUGUGCCAUUGUGUAUCUACUGCAGAUGCCAGGGCAAUAUUGUAUGGAUCUGAUCUAGCAGGUAAUAAUUUGCUGAAAUAAAUGCUCAUAGCAGUGCUUAUCCUUGGUUUAAUUUUUGUUUUCUUAAGUUCAGACCAAGGAUAAAGUGAAACCACCCUCUUAAACUUGUGCUUGUAUCAGCAGUUAUCAUAGGAGAUGAUUGAGGCCAUUCUCAGGGAAUUUUGAGGGCAUGAUAUAGGAUUUGUUUGGAAGGGUUUAUACCACACCCCCCUUGGGGAUGUCACGUUAACAAUAGCUACAUGUACACAGUCUGAGUUAAGGUAGAUAUGUAUUGCCUAGCUGAGCCAAACACAGGCCUUGUUUCAUGAACUUAGCGGGUUGCUAUGGGGAAAUUGCUCCUUCCCAUUCAUGGGAAAAUUGUGUGAACCUGUGAUAAUAUUGAGUUAUUGGUUUCAUAAACUGUGUUUGUCAGGUCAUCCCACUGGUCAAAAAAUGCUGAGUUCUUUGGUUCAAAUUUUGUUGAAGGCCAGAAGUUCAGGCUUCUUUUUUCAGUUCCUUAAAUUGUGUCAAUCAUUAAGAAUAUGGGUAACAAAGGUGGCAAAUUAAAAUAACAAUUAGAGAACUCUGACCUACCAUCAGUGUAGUCCAGGGUCAAAUCCCACUGCCAACUUCAUCUUCAUAUGGGCAUGGUAUAAUUCAUUACAAUAAUGAAUCAGUCUUAUAUUGUCCAGUUGCAGUGAAGGACAUUCGCGAUCGGAUGCCUGAAAAAAUGCAGUUCUACUGCUUAGGAGCUGUUUCUUCCUUGGAUGACUCACCAGUCAGCUUGAUCAAAGAACUAGAAACAUUUCAACCAAAACCACCUGAUGUUAAUCCCCAAAACUCAACUACAAGUAAAGGUAAGUGUUUUUUGUAACAAGCAAAAUACCUGAUCCUUAUAUAAGAUCAGCCAAAUGAAAAUAAGAGGGGUUCAUUUUUCCAAACCCCCUUUUUGAGGGGCUUUUUAUUUUUGAAAAGGGGCUUAUAUUUGGACCCUCCCCUUAUCUACAGAGGGAAAUUUGCAUCUCAAAAUCGAUUGGGCAAGCCUUAAAGUUUAUGUAAAAAAUGCUUUUGCUUUGUUUUACAUUGUAUUGCAAAUUUUCCAUUGUUUUUCGGGGCUUAUAUUCGGAGGGGCAAUUUAACGAGGGAGAAAAAAACUGGUUUUUAUUCAUGUUUGUACAGUGUCUAAUAAUCUCACUUUUGCCCUGCUAAGGUUUUUUGUUAUUAAUUACAAGUAAGUCACUAAGAAACAUGGAAGUCGAUACCAUACAUGACAAAAAUGAUGCCAUCUAUAACCAAACACCGAGUGGACUUCAAUUGCUUCCUUUCACUUAAAAACAUGUCAGAAGAAGGCUUAGAACGGGAUCACAUUAUGGUGAAUACCACAAUAUAUUGUGAAAUACCAUUACAGCUGGAUAACCAAAAGUUUAUUUAAUGAGCCAAUGACAACUAUCUAUCGUUCACACCAUUGAAAAAAAAAAACAUUCAGCUGAACUUAAAUAAAAUGUCAUCAAUGAAAACAACAAUUUAUUCUUGUUUUAAAAGACUGUUAACAGUAAAUUAAUUGAUAGCUUGCUUGACAGAGCAGCUGUUAGUUUUUGAUAACUCACCAGUCUUAGAGCCCCCCACCCACGCGGAAAUUGCAUUGUUUUGGGCCACCUCUUUCCCCUCGGAAUUUCCAUAUGCCCUUAGUGGGCGGUAUGUAAAAUUUCUGGAACUACACAUAAUACAUAACAAUUGUAAAGGACUGGUAGGACUCAUUCCACAUAGUCAGACCUUUAUUAUGUGGCCACGAUUGGGGAAUCACCAAUGUACAUAAACAUUAAAAAACACGUGCUAAGUCUUAAAUAUCCUGUCAUGUUUGAUUUUAUUUUACUGCUACACAGAUUUUUCAGUUUACCUGUAUUUUGUGUGUUUUUAUGCAGUUGAUUUUGUGAAAUAAAUAUGCCUUUUUAUUUUUAUUAUUUUGUGACAAAAAUUGAUACUUGAAAUGUUUUAUUUCCUAUUAGAUGCUUUAAUGUAUAUCUACACUUCAGGAACAACUGGAUAUCCAAAGCCUGUUGUUAUAACUCAACAAAAGUAAGCAAUAUACACUACAUAAUAAUAACGAUAUGACCCCCUCUGGCUCCUCCACCACCCUUGCUGCUGAAAAAACAAUGUAGGAAAUAUAAUAGUAAUGAUUAAGGAAACCACUAGUUAAGAUCUGGAACUUUUGGCAUGGGUCUUUUAAAAACUGUAAAAAAUUCUUCAAAGCUGCAAAUUUCUUUUCUAAAGAUGUCCAUCUUCUUGGUCAAUGUGUUGUUGACAGGAGAGACUUGAUAACCUGCGAUCAGGCGAUUAAAAAAAAAAAAAUCACCUGAUCGCAGGUUAGAGACUUGAGGGACAUCAAAUUUUUAAUGCAGAAAUCAGGGAGUUAAAUAGAGUGUCAGUAAAACUUGAAUUUAAUACACAUUAGGAAUAUGGUUGAUCGUCCACAUGAAACCACCUUAUGUAAGUGAAGCCCUUAUAUGUUACAUUAACUAGAACCCCCAGUAAAUGACCACUUCUCAUAAGUGACUGCAACCACUUUUAAGCUUGAUGGUUUAUCAUUUCCCAUGAUAUUACAACCUCUUGACGCAACCACUUCCCCACUUUGUUCACAUCACGUACUUCACUGCUCAGAGUAUUUGAAGAACUUUCAGUGACAAAGUGGAACAAAACUUGUAGGAACUUUGAAUUGAUUAAAAAUUGCAUGUAGUAAAUGAUCUUUCAAAAAGUACACCUUUCUGGACCUCUCUUGGAAUAGGUAGGAGACUCCCUGUUUGUUGAUUUUUUUAAUCAACCACCUCCUAUUAUCAACUCACUAAAUCUAGCCUUCGCAUUUUGGGUGGUUAUUCACAGGGGUUUGGACUAUACAGUGUAGUCAAGUUUUUCCUUAUACUUUACGGUCUCAACCUUCCCAGCAUCUGUGACAAAAUGUGGCUAAUCUCGGUAAAACCACACAACCUCAAUGAACAUAUAGUAGCCAAAUGGAACCAAUUUGUUUCAGUUAUUUUUGUCUAGCCUGAGUACAGGUAUUCAUUUACUUAUACUCAGUUCUGCAGUAAACCUCACUCUUUCUAAGCACAAUAUAUACGUGGGUGUCUUUACAGUGUCAACACAAAGAAUCCUUUGUAAACAUUUGUAUGUAAAUUUUUAUUAUUAAAUAGUUUUUUCUCAACUAGAAUGGGAUAAUUAUGUUCUGGUUCAAUUUUCUCCGUUUAAAUUUUAUUUUCCUUCAUUUUUGGGUAUGUCAAUGUGGGAUAAUGAGUUUGAAAUAAAACAAUGUAGAACUUUAACCUCAGCCUGAGAAAACAGCCGAAAUUUUGUGCCGCUUCCAUUGGUUUCCCUGUGGAAUUAUAUUUAAGGAAACAACCACAGAAAUUCCUUACUGUUGAUGCAUCACUACCCAUAUCUGGGUAGUGCCUCUGAUUGAUUGAAUGACACUUUCACCACUGUGCAUGUUAUGUCAUCAGUAUGGAAUUUCUGCACUCGCUCCUCAGGCAUCAUUUCACGGGUUAGCGAUAUACCAGGGCUUAAAUUGAACAACAUUUGAUACUUCCAGUUACUGUAAAUCAACUAGCAAAUUUACCACCAUGAAAUACUUAAAUUUUGAUGUUUGUUUUUAAAGUUUCAUCGCAGUGGGCUUCAUCGGUAUUUUUUUCCGUGUGACACCAGAAGACAUCAUAUACUGUACAUUGCCGCUAUACCACACUGCUGGUGGAGGUCUUGGAGUGGGAUCCUGUCUUGUCCAGGGAAACACAUUAGUGCUCAGACGCAAGUUUUCUGCCAGCAAGUUCUGGGAUGAUUGCGUACAAAACAAGGCAACAGUAUGUGAAGCAGUUUGUGAUUUUCCUUCUUUUGAUGAUUAACUGUCAUCACAAAUGGAUCCCAAUGAUAUAUUUUUCUUUCAAUGUUCCAUCUUCAUUUUCAAGGGUGUGAGUUGUUCCGGCUGCUAAAUUGGAAUGAUUGUUAUUUAUUUUAAAAUCUAAUUAACUUUGUUUUUCCAGUCUUUCUCAACUUUGUGAGAGUAGCCUAGAAGAGUUUUGCUGUUAUCAAAUUACGAUCUUUUCUCUUAGCUAUGUUCACACAAGCAAAUUUUCCUUUAACUUUAGUCAGUUGAAACUUGUUUGCAUAAAUUAAGGAACACUUGAGAAGGAAAUUGAUGAAAUAUUAAUUUUAUCUCCUGCUCAUACAUCAAAGGAAAAAUAGGCUUGACUUCGUAAUGCUUCUGUAUGUAGCCAACGUGCAUGGUGUUUUCUUACAAUAAAUUGCUGCUUGUAGCAGAGUGACACAUGGCUUUGAACAGCCAAUUUGAAAAAUGGUUGAAGGUUUUUAUUAGAAGCUGGUCAGUGGUAAUUUGGCCAAAUAAAAAAAAUUGCAAUUUUUGCUACUUUAUGAGCUAUUCACACAUCUUUUGCUUUCAGGUUAUUCAAUAUAUUGGUGAGGUAUGUCGCUAUCUUUUGGCUCAGCCUUAUUGUCCUUCAGAGAGGCAGAAUACAGUGCGUGUUGCAUUUGGCAAUGGACUGCGGCCUCAGAUAUGGAAGGAAUUUCAGUCACGCUUUAGUAUUGAGCACAUUGGGGAAUUUUUUGGUGCCACGGAAGGAAAUGUUGGUUUGUUCAAUACUGACAACACACCAGGGUCUUGUGGUUUUGUGUCAGUGAUUGUGCCGGGAUUGGUUCCUUUAAGUCUGCUCAAAGUGGAUCCCUCAUCUGGUGAAUUACUUAGAGGUGAAAAUGGCCUGGCCAUCCCAGCGGGUCCUGGAGAACCUGGCCUGGCUGCUGGAAAGAUUUCAAAAGGUAGCUUUUCAAGUUCAUGAACCUCACUUCGAUGGGUUUACGGUUACUUUAACACUGCCUUUCCUUAAAUAUGAAUAAUUCUUGCAUUUAUUCAGUUCAUUUUUGGACAGUCAUCUCCUCAUAGCCAUGAACUCUUAUUAUAAUUCAUUUGCUAUGGUUCUGUGCUCAUGCCAAAACAACUAAGCUGCUGCACUGCAUGGCGUCAAUCAUGGAUUAACUUGCAAUUAUAUACAAUCAUUGACAUCUAGGUGACUUAAAUCAAUGAUGGCAAUAUUUAACAAUUAUUCUUCGAGCCCGACUGGGCUCUGAGUCAACAGCUUAUGAGGCCGAAGGCCAGAUAGGCUAUUGACUCAGAGGCCACAAAGGCUGAGGAAUAAUUGUUUUAGUAAAAUCCAACUAGUUGGUCAAAAGUAUCAAGACAAAACAACUUUAGCUAGCAAAACACGAUUCAGCCACCAUUGUCUUGGUUGUCAAAGCCAGCACUUUUCGCUACUAGUGGGUUAUAACAUAUGGCCUAGUAGUAGCUCAACCAAUCAGAACGCAGCAUUGGUAAUAGACCACUAGUUGGAUUUUACUAAAUAGAUUUAGCCUAGGCUAAAGGCUAAGCUCCCAUUAAUAAAUUUAUAAUUUUACUUCAAACAAUAAACUUGUAUAACUAUUGCAAAGAAAUCCACUAGGAGUUGAGCCUGCAAUCAGUUGAAAACGAGUAACUCAUCAGCGAAUAUGUCAAUAAAACAUGCAACCUCAAUGGGUCAACACCUGAGCCCCCAAUACAGUCAUGUGAUACUGGUCAACAGAUAACCUGUUUUCACAGCUGUCAAUUGACCACAACAUGGAUGUGCAAUAUCAGGUUGCAGGCUCCCACACUAGAUAGAAAGUGUGAGAUUUCACAUUGGUUACCCUGUGGUGCGGACGAACAGAUGUACCAACAGUCGUAUGGCCAUGUGACAACCAAAUGUUCUUAGCUAUGGUGCAAACUAGUUAUGAAGAAUUAGCCCGUGGAUUAAUGCCAAUCAGAAAUGAAAUGAUAAUUUUGAAAUAAUUUUUGAAAUAUUAAUUUCAUAUACUUAUGAUAGUUAACAGCAUUUACAUGUAACAGUGACAAUAUAUGACCAAAAUCACUAAACAAAUAAACCCCAUCUAGGCCCCUGACAAAAUUCCCAUGAUUAAACUCCAGUGGGGUUGAAGGUGGAAAACUGAUGUAGUUUGGGCUGUUGAAAAAUUCAUUAUAGCUGAGAAGAAAUUUGCAAAAAUGUGAAUGAAAUAUGUAACUUGAUUCUUAUCUCUGUUGUUUCAGACACCCCAUUAAGAGAAUAUGCAAACACAAAUGAAAUGUCAAAGAAAGUCUUCUGUGAUAUUUUUCAUAAAGGUGAUGCAUAUUUUCUCUUUGGUGACCUUCUUGUCAAAGACGAAUAUGGUUAUGUUUACUUCCACGACCGCACUGGCGAUACAUUCCGCUGGAGAGGUGAGAAUGUGUCCGCUACUGAAGUGGAGACAACAAUGAGCAAGAUACUUGGUCUGCGCGAUGUUGUUGUGUAUGGAGUUCGAGUUCCAGGUACUGAAGGAAGGGCAGGAAUGGCAACUAUUGUUGAUUCAGAAAGUGACAUUGAUCUGAGCAGACUUAUCCAAGGUUUGAAUGAUCAAUUGCCACAUUAUGCUCAUCCUCGUUUCUUGAGGAUUGUUGACAGUGUUAGUGUUACAGGAACAUUUAAGUUGCAGAAAAACAAAUUGAAGGAAGAAGGAUUUGUUGUUGGGAAAGUACAGGAUAAACUGUUGUAUUAUGAUUUGAAAGAAGGGCAGUAUCGAGUGUUAGAUGAAGAAAAGUAUGCCCAAAUCAACCAAGGAAAAAUCAGAAUAUAGGGAUUUUCUUUAUUAACCUGAACGAUCUUAUGUUCAUUUAGUGAAGUAGCUGACACUUAAGGCAAAACAGCUUGUUUCCUUGUUAAAUGAUUGGGUGUUUGUCACUGCCUUGUCACCAUCAUCAUUGUUUUAUUUCCUAAACCAUGUUAUAUUAUAAUAUUAUAGAAGACAGCUUGAAAGCUGAUGUGGACAAUUUCCAGCAAACACACACACACACACAGAUGGAAGAUUGAGAAGCUGAUGUUUCCAGCACUAACCCUUCAUCGCAACAAAUCAAUUCUGGCAUCAGCUUCUCAACUUCCCUUCAGUGGCCAAUCUACUUUAGGUAUCACCGCAGUUAAUAGAAGAAAAGUUUUGUAUUUCACUAACCACCACAGUUUUGAGACUUAAGCCUAUGUUUUCAAGUUUGACCACACUAGGGGAUGUCCCAUUUUUUAUCUGUACCCCCCUUCCAAGAAAGCUGGUAUUAAACCCCUUAAAUUUGUGUUGGUAGCCUUUAAAAAAUGAAAUCAGAAGGGUUUAUUUUUUGUCGGCACCUUCGAAUUAACUUUCGUCCAAAUUUUGUUGGUUUCCUUGAAGGAAAAACCUUAACCGCUAAAAAUCUACCAUCGUUAGGAGGGGUGUGCAAAUGGAACAUUCCAUCUGUUAGUCUCCUACUCUUUACAAGGAGCAGUGUACUGGACUAUUUUAAGUCCCACACUGUUUCUCACAGGGAUUAAAACAGCCAGAGAGCCCUGAGUUAGGGCCUGCAAUUUUUUUGUCCUUAUCCGAGCAGUCUAGCGUGUCUAACCAUUAAUUUGAAGAUGUCAGAACAAAGAGAGUGCAUUCACAUUGUCUAUAAAAAACUACAAGACAAAACACCCACUAAAAUUAAAUCUGAUGAGGAAAAGAAGAUGUUUAUACAAUGAAGACAGAGUGCUUGGCAGUUAUUAAUUUCAAGUGUAAUUCUUUUAUAUGUCAAUAAAAUACGUUGCAGAUAUUAUAUAAAAUUUUCACAUGCUAAUCCCAAAACUUUUUCUAUUGUCUUAACCUGUAUUAAACGGUCACACGCUGUUCAUACAGUUUCAAAUAAUGUAACACACGAGGUACAACAAUUACUGAUUUCGUUGUUUAUUUUCGCAAACCAUUAAAACGCCGGAAAUGAAUGUUUCUAUUUAAGGUCAAACGUUUGUUUUGAUCGGCACUGGAGAUCUAAUUCUUUGAGCUGUAUUUCUUGCAACCUGUAUUAGGUGGUCACCUUGUAUUAAGCGGUCACUUAGCCAUUCUCCGAGGGUGACCGCUUAAUACAGGUUCGACUGUGUUAUUCAGUUUUCAUAUGCUAAUGAAAUUUUCAUGGUUUUGACUACAUACUACUUAUUAACUCAGAGUGUGAGGUCAUUACAGAGAAAUCUCAGACUGAGGCCUUGAUGUAUUGACUUGGCAAUAGCAAGAUCAAUACAGCAGGGCUGAAGUCUGAGAUUUCCCUUUAAUGGCCAAACAGACAAGGUUAAUAAGUUAUUUAUUAUAUGGUCUUUUCAUUAUUGACCUGAGCCUGCGAUCAAUUAAAACCAACAACUGGUCAGCGGAUAACUUUAAAAAAACAUCUCACCUCAAGAAGUCGUACACUUGACCUUGUGGUACAGUCAGGUGACCCUGGUCAGCAGAUAUACCCUUUUUUACAGCUGUCAUUGACCAUAGCAUGGAUGUCCACAAGGACACCUAGGACACCUAGCCAGUAAUGCCCGAUUAUUUAAGACAAAAUAAUGCCUGGUAAUUACAAGGAAACAGUCAAUCAGAGUACGUGUACUAUUGUAGCCAUAUAAUAAAAUAGUUAAAGUUUUGUUUGUUUGUGUAUUUGUGUGUGUAUGAUAAAUAUCAGAAAUACCAUUAUUGGUGUCUUGGCUUGAGUCUUGCAUUUUAGCUGUUCAAGCAGUCAAUGCCUUUUAACUUCUUCUCUGAACUUCUUUGGAAAUUAUGAACUAUAGUUAUUUCAGGCCUUUUCUAAAUGUAAUAAUGCCACAAACAUUUAUUCAAUGUCUGUCUGCAGCUCCGGAAAAUGACCAUAAUCUGCCAUAAGAUUCAUGCGAAAAUGGUGCUGGGGUGGGGGUGGGUGUGGGGGUGGAGUGUUACUGCUGUGGCCAAGCCCAGGCUCUUAUACCAAGGCAUGAUGCAAUUAACCAUUUGCACGAUGACGUCAUCUUACUAAUACCUCUUCAGUGUUUGAAUUUUAAUAGCUUUUUGAUAUUAAAAUGACGCCAUUGUGAAAAUAGCCCAUUGCUUUUUGCAUUUGUCCUGAACAUACCUUCCAUUCUAUUUCAAAAUUUUUAAAUUUAGCCAGAUAUUGCAAAUAAAGCUUUCAAAAACCCAAAUUAUAGUUUCAAUUCACCUGAACUUUGCCCCCAGCAGUCGAACAUUUUGACUCGAUAAUUUUGUUGAGCUAAUUUAAGUUAUGAGAUGGUCGUCAAAAACGAAAAAUACGUAAAUUUUCUGAAUAAUUUUGCAUAAUUUAUGUCACUAUUGCGCAAUGAUCUAAGUUAUGCACAUAAAUUAUAUUUUAGCCAAUCGGAACGCUCAAAUCCAACCUUUUUGCCAUAUUUGGUAGUACAUUGUUUUAUUUUUGCCAAAUUUGGACAUUAUUGCGCCCUUUUUGCUUGAAUCGAGAAGAGAUGAGCUGAGAUUGAUGCGAGGUCAUGCUUGGUAAGUGAAAGGAAGGCGCCAUAUUGAAAGGAAGAAAUAUUGGAAAUGGAAGGAGGGGCAAGUAAACCUCCAAGUGAGGCUAUCAUAGUUCUAUCCAGCGACGACGAUGAAGAUGAAGACGUCCAAGAGCUUUUUAAACAGUUUAUCGUAAAAGCAGAGCGACAUAUUCCACACUAUGUCGUAGUUUUUCUGAAAGUGAAAUUCGCUGAAGCUCCCUCGGAUUUCGUGUCGUCCACGAAGUUCAAAAGUUCUCUCAAAUGGAGAACAAAACAGCUUGACGAGUCCAACGCGUUUAUCUUUACUGGAGAUGUUUGCAAGCUUCUUGGUGCAGAUUUGAAGCAGGAUGAGCUUAAAUCGAAAACGGAAGGAGUGAAGAAAGCAGAGCAAGAAGCCAUCGAUGGAGUUUUUAGUUCCGCACGAAACAAGAUCACGAACCGCGUGGAGGAAAAUGUAAACAAAGACGCAGUGCGUCUGACGACGGAUUGCAGCGAUGGAAAGGAAUCUGGUAGCGUUGUCCGAAAAAGGGCUUCUGUAAAGACGGCCACAGAGGCAAGUACAUCCUCAGCUGAAUUCCCUACAAGUGUGCACGUGGAAGUUACGAAGGAAGGAAAAAGUAAAAGAAAAACCAAUGGAACCACGGAUCCUUCGCGUUCGAAACUUUCACUCACUCCUCGAAAGCGACAGGUACGCAUAAAUCGACUUAAGGAGAAACUAAAACACGUGAGUGAUAAAAUAAAGAUUCUCAAUCAAGCAGAGUUGAGCUUGGAGGAGAUGAACAUGAGUGAUAGCACCUACAUCCAAGAGUGCCGGCUGAAAGAGCGCUUUAACAAAAUCUGGGCUAAAUUAUGCAAAAUACGGGGAAGACCAACAGACACAGGACGGGUAAUCGAAAAGGAUGUCAAAUGCCCCUCCACAGGCUUCCCAGAAAUUGACAGGGCUGUAAACAAGUUCCUAAAGAAAAAAAGAGGGCGCUUUCCAGACAAAUUUGACAUUUCUAGAGUCAUUCAAGAUGCAAAGAGGGAGCAUGGCUUGAAAAUAUCAUCUCAAGCCCUUAGGGAGAUCAGUGAUGAGGUUUUUGUUGCCAUUGGAAACAAGUUGCAAGAGAGACGCAAACUAGAUUUUUCCAACAAUUUUGGUUGUCAUCUUACGGAUGACUACUCUGCCAAUAAUGACCCUGCUAUAAAUGAUCUUGCCCUUCAAAGGAAAUUGGAAGAGAACAAGAAGAUAAGCAAAAGGGCUCUGGAAGAUGUUUUUAAUAAGUAUGCUCAUUAUGGACGCAUGAAAAAUGAAGGCAGUGAUGCUUCUAGUAGCAGUGAUUCAGAGAGAGAAAAAUCACAAAACAGCAAAAUGAAAAGGAAAUUUUCUCGUGUUUCUGUCCAAGAAUCAUCAGAUUCUAGUGAAAAUGAACGUGAUGAUUUUGGAUUGGAUUUUGAGGACCCAAAUGAGGAUAAAACUUAUCGCAGUAAGUCAGUUUUAGGAAAGAGAGACAAGGGACACUCAAUUCGGAAAUUAUCAUACACUAGUGAGAAUGACCUUGAUGAUUUUGCUUUUAAAAGGCCACAUCACAAUAGUGAAAGAACUAACCACACAGAAAGUAAAAGCAGACAAACUGCUGAAAACCAUCAUUUACCAGCAACAAAACGAAUUGAACUUACCAGGGACUGUGCUGUUGUAGAAAUACCAUCCUCUGUGUUGUCCGAAUCCAUCAGUAUUGAGCAAGUAGAGGCUGUGGAUGUACGUCAAAAAUGCAGUAAUGAUAACUAUGAAACCACAGCAGAGUCAAAUGUAUUGGACAACUCGGAAAUCUCCUCUGUGCCAGAUACUCCUCAAUCUGAUGAUGUUAUAUUGAAAGAUCAACAAAUUAAUGAUUGCGUCAAGAGUCGAGAUUCAAAUUUAGACGAUGAAGUUUUGACCGCAAGAUCUGUUGACUUUUCUGCAUCCAGCAAU